AUGGUUGAUGAGUCCAUUGAUGAGUACCUUGACAUUGUCGAGAGGACGUUUGGUAGCGAGGAUGAUGGUUUCGAGUUCUAUAACAGUUAUGCUCUUGAAAAAGGUUUUAGUGUGCGGAAAAGCUAUGUUGAGUGGGAUGAAGCCAACGAGGAGAUAAUUCUGAGGAAAUUUGUCUGUAGUCGUAAAGGUUCGCGUGAAGAGAAGCACAUGAAGAGAGAAGACAGGAAGAGGAGGCCACGCAAUCUCACUCGUGUUGGGUGUCGAGCCAAAUUGGUCGUUGCAAGAGUCAAGGAAACAGGGUGUUGGUUCGUGAAGGAUUUCAUCGAUGAGCAUACCCAUCCUCUUGCCCCACGGGAUCUUGCUUGUCUAUUGCGUUCGCACAGAAAAAUCAGCGACGAGCAAAAAGCGGACAUUGUAGAGAUGGAAAUAUCUGAGCUUCGCAAACAUAAAAUCAUGGAUAUCCUGGUGAUGCAGUAUGGUGGAUAUGAUGAAGUUGGAUGUACCACGAGGGACAUUUAUAAUUUCUGCCAUCUCUAUAAGCAGGAAACAGUCGCUGCCGGCGAUGCCCAAACGGUGAUCCGUGACAUGAUGGCGCGACAGGAGAUAGAUUCAAAUUUUUUCUUCAAGUACUUGGUCGAUGGAGAGGGGCAUCUCAAGGGAUUUUUCUGGGCCGAUAGUCAAUCCAGGCUUGACUACGAGGUUUUUGGCAAUGUUGUUGUUUUUGAUAGCACGUACAGGACCAAUAAGUACAACCUGCCCUUUGUUGGGCUGAAUCACCACCGCAACACUGUUGUUUUUGGAUGUGGUAUUAUUUCUCAUGAAACAAGCAAGUCCUACGAGUGGAUGCUACGGACCUUUUCUGCUGCCAUGGCCCAGAAGCACCCGAUAUCUGUGAUCACCGAUGGGGACCUGGCGAUGCAGAGAGCGAUCAAGGAAUAUUACAAGAAGAACGACUUCCCAAGUGUUGUGUUCCAACCAGGUGGACGAUGA